CACGUGUUUUUUAUUUGUAUCACAUGGCCUAAUGCGAUGGCGUCUGCCGCAGUUGUUUUAUCUUGUCUGUCGUUUUGGUUUAACUUUGUCUUGUGGGCGAGUGCUUUUAACGACAUACACAAAAUCACAAAUUCAUGCUACAAACCUAUAAGGGACCACAGACCUGCAUUUAUUAAAACCUACCCUAGACCCCAUGAAUACCUGAACGUCUCGGAGCUUCCCGUAGCAUGGGACUGGCGGAACAUAGAUGGGCGGAACUACGUGAGCGCCACACGGAACCAGCACAUCCCGCAGUACUGUGGCUCCUGUUGGGCCAUGGGGGCCACUAGCGCCCUUGCAGAUCGCAUCAACAUCAAGAGGAAAGGGGCGUGGCCGUCGGCGUACCUGUCUGUUCAGAACGUCAUAGACUGCGGGAAGGCCGGGUCCUGUUUUGGCGGAGACCACUUCAUGGUGUAUGAAUAUGCCCACCGACAGGGCAUUCCUGAUGAAACCUGCAACAAUUACCAGGCUAGAAACCAAGCCUGUGACCUCUUCAACCAGUGUGGGACCUGCUCGUUCUUUGGAAAAUGCAGUACAGUGAAGAACUACACUCUGUGGAAGGUGGGCGACUUUGGGGAUGUUUCCGGACGGGAGAAGAUGAAAGCAGAGAUUUACACCAAUGGGCCCAUCAGCUGCGCUAUCAUGGCCACAGAAGGGCUGGAGUCCUACAUCGGCGGGGUGUUCGCUGAGUUCCACCCCCUGUCGCUCCCGAACCACAUCGUGUCGGUGGCGGGCUGGGGCGUGUCUGAGGAGGGGACUGAGUACUGGAUCAUGAGGAACUCCUGGGGAGAGCCAUGGGGAGAAUACGGAUGGGCGAGAAUCGUCACGAGUGCCUAUAAGGGUGGGAAGGGAAACUGGUACAACCUGGCCAUUGAGAGAAGCUGUGCGUACGCCGACCCCAUCGUGCCGUAGAAUGGGUCAGCUCACUUCCUGUCGAACGGAGGACUGGUGCUCUGGGCCAGUGCGGAGACCUGCUGGACUGUGAACAUCCCACAGGGUGAAUUCUGGGAGGUUGAGGAAAGUCUGUGGUUCCUGUGGACAUUUUCAACUGAGAGGGGUGGGCUGGGGGAAGAAACUUAAACUACAAUAAGAAGAGUGUGCACAUACAGGAUGCUGCUUGAUCGUAGUCAAAGUCAACUGCAGAUUUUCUACUGAUGCUGUUUAAUUACAGAGAAACAGUGAUUUCAGUGAUUUUUACAGGCAUUUUAGUGAUUUCAGUUAUUAAGCAUUCCAUAUUGAAAAAAAACUAUGUUAAAACUAUGAAUAUUAACAUGUCUUUGAACUUGUUCACCCUGUGCCAUCAAUUUCUUCCCGAAAUUGGAAUUCAUAAAGCUGGGUACUUUUUCACAUUUAUAAACAGGAAAAUAAUACACAUUUACUUUUCAUAUAAAGUAUGCCCUUCCCGUUAUUUGAAAAUAAUUUGUAUUGUAUAUUGUCUUUAAAUUUGAUGCAGUUGACUCAUAUUGAUACAGUUACAAUAGAUUAUUUGAGUGGAGGAGGUCCCAAGCAUAGCCUUGUAUUUGUGGACAAAAGAAAGGUAUUAUGACCAAAGUAACUCCAGCUCUGGGCAAAUGUUGAUUGAUUCUUUGUAUGAGCCUGUAUGAACAUUUGGAUCCCAAGAGAUGUUUUAGCUAUUUUAAAGUACAGAUAGCUAUAAUUAUAAUUUCUGUGUCAGUCAUUUAAAUUUUUACUGGAACAUAGAGGUUUUCAAUUAUUUUAAUUAGAGAAAUGUCCAAGAUAUUUUGAGCUCUAUACAAUCAGGUCUUCUUUGGAGAACAAAAUAUGUUCAGAAACACCCACAUUUUCUACAGUGUGACCAGCAGCACCGUGAUGAGCUAAAUGUGAAGAUGACUCUGUGGAUUCACAUUAUUCCAGUACAGAUUAAGUACAUACAUUGUGGGUUGGGCUGCAACAAAGAUCCAGUAAACAUAAGAAUAUAGAAGGAUUACUAUAGCUGUACAUAGUCUCUCUUGUGUAAACUUAUUCGAUUAAAAAUAACAUGCAGGUAAUUAUCACAAAAAAAAGUGAAUCAAUAAAAGAUUGUCAUUCCCAAUACUA